AUGCAAAAGGAAGGCAUGGUCAGCACUCUCCCCGAGCAGCCUCAAAAAGUCACACGAGCAUCGUUGAACUCUUGCUGGCAAGGGAUGAUGUGGACGUCAGCUCGGCAAGUGGAGAUGACUGGUCAGCACUCCCUUGAGCGGCGUGGGAUGGCCACACCAGCAUCGUUUAACUCUUACUGGCCAGGGAAUGUGAAUGUCAACUUGAAAACUGUAGGAGGUUGGACAGCACUCUUGUGGGCAGCCUAUAAUGGCCACACCAGCGUUGUCGAGCUUCUACUACAGCACGAGUCGGUGAUGUAA